CCCUGCUAGUCCCCACAUUGACACACGUUGCCCACGCACGCAGGCCGCCCGGAGCACGGCUUCCUGUCUCCUCCGCUUCGCGGCGACUGCGAGGGGGAGGGGACGGAUCCCAUCUCCGGCACAUCCAUGGCCCCCGCCUCGCCGGAGGAGCUCCAUUGCGCGCCCGCGCCGGAGAAGACCCCGCCUCCGGCCCCGGAGGGCGAGCUCCGGUGGCUCCGGCGGUGCGCGGGGGCGGCCGCGGAGGGCGACCUCCGGUGGCUACGCCGCUGCGUGGGGGCGGCCACCAAGGGCUUCGCCAUCGGCGCCGGGCUCAAGGGCGGCCUCGCGCUCUUCUCCCUCCUCGUCCGCCUCCGCAGCCGCCGCUCCCCCAGAUCGAGGAAGGCGGGCGCGAUGACCAACGACGAGGCGGCGCUGCUGGCGCUCAAGGAGACGGUCAGGUACGGCAUGUUCCUCGGCACCUUCGCCGGCGCCUUCGCCUCCGUCGACGAGUGCAUCGCCGCCCUUUGGGGCCGCAAAAGCUUUGCGGAGUUGCGUGUAAAGACAGUGUGUGAGCAAACUCUUGAAGGACAAUUGGAAGAGCAGUGUCUGUUUUGUUACUGCCUGCUCAUAUUUUCAAGGAGAUGUGCUUUGACGUGGAUUAGAACAGCAAGGUGGAGGUCAUUAUUAUCUGGGUUAAUUGCUGGUCCUUCUAUGCUCUUGACGGGGCCAGGCACGCAGCAUACCAGUUUGGCAAUAUACAUUCUCAUGCGUGCUGCAGUGCUUGCAUCCCGUUGUGGAAUAAAGAGCAAAAGAUUUGGAAAGAUUUGCAAACCUUUGACCUGGUCUCAUGGUGAUGUCUUCCUUAUGUGCCUUUCAUCUGCACAAAUUUUAUCUGCAUACAUUCUACAGCAGGACAGUUUGCCGUCAUCAUAUAAAUCAUUUCUGAAGACGCAUGGUGGAAAGGAUCAGUCUAUUCUACAAGGCCUGAAGGAAGUAGUUAACCACACUGCUUUCUCUAACCUAGAGGCUAUUGAGAAGUACUACAAAUCUGUUGGUGUUGACAUAAAGUUGGAUCCAGACAUGAAAGUGCCCUGCUCAAUUGUGCAUGGUAAUCAAUCAUGUGCAGGACAUUUUAUUUCGUUCUUGUUACAAGCAUAUGGAAGAGCAGUUCCUGUCUAUAUUCCAGUCUACCUAGUUCCUGCACUUGUAGUUCAUCGGCAGGAUCUGAUGAAAAGGCCUUACACAAUAAUGGGGAAGAGUCUUCUAGGAACAGCAAGAUCGAGCCUGUUCCUCUCAAUGUAUUGCGCAUCUGCAUGGGCUUGGACAUGCUUCCUUUUUAGAACCUUCGAGAAGUGCAGUACGCCACUCGUUGUACUUGGCACGUUCCCGGCGGGUCUGGCGCUGUUUAUCGAGAAGAAAAGCAGGAGAACCGAGAUAUCCCUGUACUGCCUUGCCAGAGCCAUCGAGAGUUUCUUCACAUGCAUGACCGAUGCCGGGCUCUGCCCUCCAAUAUUGCAGAUCAAGCGAGCUGAUGUAGUGGUUUUCAGCAUGGCCACCUCGAUCAUCAUGCACUGCUAUGCCCAGGAAAGAGAGGUUUUCCGGUCCAAGUACCUGAAUGUCCUCGACUGGGUAUUCGGUGUGCCACUUCCGUCGGAAGACGACAGCAAACACCAUUCUAGUACAUCCAGUGAUGGAAUCAAGAAAGGAAUAUUCUCCAUUGGAUGAUGGAAUCAGGAGGUGGUUCAGUAGCUUUGCUGGUCUUUAGAAAUUCCUCUCCAAUGGGGUUGUGAUCGAUCUUAGUGCAAGAGUAGAUAGGCACAUUAGACUGGUUCUUGUAGCUUACAACGAGCCUUGUACAGGAGGCUCUUCCCAAAUCCCCAGAAGCGGAAUUUAAUGGGUGUAACAAAUCAUAGACUUAUUCAAUUGAUUUAUCGGAAACCAAUGCACUGGUUCAGGAUAUAUGAACUGUAAACUUAUUGAUCUUGUGAUAUUGUACCUCUUUAUACUGCCUGAGAAUGGAACCCUGGUCAUUCAA